UGAGGUGUGCGUGUGGAUCAGCUGAUAUAAUGUAAACAAGUGUUGGGUAGUGUACAGCGUCAGGUGGCUGCUGGAGCUUAUCGGGUCUUUUGGAAAAUUUUGUCUGUAGCAUGAACCAUGGAUGUUUGGGUUAAGGUGAACUCCUCUACUGCAGGGAAGGACAAGCUCUUCAGGCUGAUUCAAUACCUGAGUCGCUUUGUGUGGCACAACCUGGAGAGCAGGAAGAACAUCCGAGACUUAGUAGCCCGCCUCAAGAUCCUGGAGAGCUCUUUUUCUACUUUUAGAAAAUUGUUACGAUUUGGGAAGUGUGUGGAGGUUCUUCAUGGAACUCUGCGUACCCUUCACCUGCCAGAUGCGGUGCUGCGGGUCACACUCACACUCUCCAGAAUCUACCAGUCCUUCUUCUUGCUGGUGGACCACAUCAUUUGGGUUGGCAGAGUUGGACUCUUUGAUAUCAACAAGGAAAAAUGGUCUGACUAUUCAAAUAAGUUUUGGCUAGGAUCUAUCAUUCUGAAUCUGCUCAGAGAUAUAUAUGAAAUUUACCAAAUUCUUCGAAAACAGGCUCAUUGUCAAAAUCCAGUGUCGUGCCUGUAUAAGAACGUCCCUGUCAUAAAAACUGUGUACAAUAGCAUUCCAGCAACUAGGCCGUUAGUGCAGUUUGCAGAGGAACAUCGAGAUGUAUUUUGGGACAGUUUGAAGAACUUGUGUGACCUGUGGAUCCCUCUAACUAGCCUUGGUCACACUAAGUUGUCUCCAGGGAUGGUUGGCAUCCUGGGGAGUGUGUCAUCGUUUGCUGGUCUGGUGGCUGUAUUAGAUCCCUUAGCAAAAUUAGUUCCUGCAUAAAGUUUGCUUCAGGAGAAGACCCCACUAGUAAGUGUCACAGGAAGGUGAGAGGAAUCAAACUAGUUAAAAUAAAUGGGAACAUAUUUUUCAUUAUUCUUCAAGAUUUUUAAACUACAGACACUAAAUAACUUUUUGUAUCAUAGUUUUCAUUGGAACUUGCAUGAAUUCAUCAUACACUGCCAAAUAACAUCUUUAGUUUAUGGAAUUUCAUGACAUGAAAUGAACCACACUUGAUGUAAAUGUCUGACAUUAAUUGAAUUAAUAAGAUUGUUUAAUUUGGUCAGGUUCAGUACCUCAGCUGAUGUUUGUGGGGGUCUUUGAUUCUUCUCUUUCUUUAUCGGUAUAUUUCUCCCGGGAUGAAUUUAGCUUUGCUCAAUAUCAUGUCUUUGCUCUUAUAGGCCCUGGCUACAAGACCAUAAAUAAUAACUACCCGCUAUUUGUGAAAACCUUUUUUAUUGUUGGCAGUAAUAUACGUUUCUUUUUUAAAGACACUGUUAAUGUUAUGAACUUGGUUUGUACUGUGUUCUGUUUGUUGUGAGAUAUAUCAUUAACUUAGCAUCCAGGAUCAAGUCAGUGUCAGUUGUGAUUACCUGGGGCCAUAAAUAUUGUCUUGUGCUAGUCUUAGUUAAUUGAGAAAAUAAAUAACAUUACAAUGAGAUAUGUAUAGUUACACAGGUUGAUAGGUGGCUGUAGUUCAAUUUGCAUUUUAGUAUUUACUGGCAAUUUGUCAGAGGGGCUUAAACUUUUAUACUCUAUUAUGUAAGUCGACCUUGAGAUAAUGGUAACUUAUUAAUUCGUGCCAUAUAUAUCCCAGUUACUUUGAAAAAAAAUUAUUUAGGUUCAUUAUAAAUGAGUAAAGAAACAGGAGUGGUGAUCAAAAAAUAUUGGUCACAUUUCUAAGUUAAGUGAAUGUACUGUAUUGUGAUAUAAGUUACUGUUCAUAGUCAUACCUUUGGUAGACACUGGUGGUGCUGAACCUCCCCUGCAACAUACACUACCUCUAGAAUGUUAAAGACAGAGGCUAUGUGACUAUGAUAUGGAUUCUCUUCUUUUUUUAUCUAUGUAUGCUGGCUGAUGAACAAACUUAAUAUGUUCUUGUGUCCUGGUUCUACUAAUAAUGUGUCAGAGUGUAUGUGCUAAUACAAUGGCUGACGUUAAACAAUGCGACCAGGAUUACUAAACCAAUAAUGCGAGUCAGUGAAAAUUAAGCUAACUAGUUACCCAAUAAUUAUUAGAUAAGCGUAGGUUAAGAUAUGCAGUAUGUCAUCUGGUUUCAAAAGAGAACAGUUUGUGGGCCUGUUUUUUAUGUACCCGGUAUUAUUUUUUUAAUAUUUAGCCCAUGUCCUGAACGCUGUGUAAUUGUUCAAUAAUAAGAGUUAUUACUGUACUGAAGUCAUUGGGUCUUUUAGAUAUAUUUUUAUAUAUAUGUUGAUUUAAAGUUACACAUGCUUAGAAGAAAUAAUUUCUUUGGGGUGAUUUUUUAGAAAGUAACAAAACAUACCAAUACUGUACACUUUUUUACACUGCUUGUUUUUUGGCAGCUUAAUGAAAGAUUUGUUUAUACUGACUUGAUUUCAUUAUUCCUUUGAUUUAUUAUCCAUUUGUAAUUAAACCUUAUAUACUGGAAAUAUAAUUGUUUAAUUAAUUUUAUAUAAUUUGUUUUGUAAAUUAAAUGGGAAAAGUAUAAGGGUGGAGUACAGCUAUGAUGUGUAUAUACAGUAUAUGGUAAUUCUGGCUGUGAGGUGAGAGAUGAAAAGUGUAAAUAAACACAGUACAGUACAGCAGAAAGGUGAUGAUGAAUAAGAUGUGUGAAAAUUUUUAUACAGGAGUACCCUUUAUACGACGGGGUUGCGUUCCUGAAAACCCAUCGCAGGUCAAAAUAUCGUACAUUGGGAUCAUUAUAACAUGGGGUUCAAUGGGAUACAUUUCCAGCCAGUCCAACACCCACAUGUAUCAGCGAAAAAAAAAAUUCUACACAAUACUAUACUGUACCUACAACACAAACAAUACUCACCACAUCAUUAUGAACAAGCCUGGUCAUCAAUACAUGUCCCCUUCGAGGCUAAAGAAACUAUUGAAGGUGGAAUGGAGACGUCACUCUGACUCCCACACAGCAUCUGGGGAGUCUCAUGUCACUUCACAAUGUCAAGCUUCACUUCCAGACACAGUUUUCCUGGGUUCCUAGACCUUCCCAGUUAUUUUCAAAGUUAUACUGUUCACUUCAGUCACAAAAACAGAGCGAAUGAUAAUAAAGUUAUUGCAGACGUCACUGUUCACAUCAUGUUUGCAACAACAGAGGUAAAACAAUUUACAGUCACAAAAACAUAGCAAAAAUCACUUCACAGUCACCAAAACAGAGUACAAUGUGAACAUUAGUGAUGUCCUCUCCCUGUAAGGUAAAAAACAAAUAAAUAACCCCAAUGAUAAGUAACAACACCGAUACUGACCAAUUAUCGUUGAGCUACAUAAUCAUGACCAUGUGUGACCACCAUGGAACAAAGCUUGGCAUUGUAGUGCAUGGGUAGACCACAGCUGACAAUUGAACUGAGAGAUGCAACUAUGUUGGCCAGACGAUGACCAUCAUUCAUGCGGAUUGUUAACACCACAAACGGGGGGGUGGUCUUAGUACACCACCAUCAUUAAAAUCGAAUAUCGCAGAUAGGGAGAUCGUAAAUCGGGAUAUCUGAAUAUACUGUACUGUACUGUAGCCAUGAGGGAAAAAGCUUCUUUCUUUACUUUCCUCAUUUCAUGACUGUAGUUGCAAUUGGGAUGUUUCCUUAUCACUUAUGAGUUAAUUGUGGAUACUAAUGUUUAUUUGUCCUGGGUUGAAGGUUUAUGGCUAAUUGAGUACAGAUACUUGAGCUGGCUACUGUAGUUCUAUAAAACAGGGUUUCAGGACCAUUCCUUCAUUUAAUUUUUGGGGAUUACAUUUAGGUUAGACCCCCCAGCUUAUUUCAUCUGAUGAUUAAACAUCCUAGUGCUACUUAGGUCAUUAGAUGUAGAUUUUAUUGUUUGGUUAUGUUAGGGUUGGCUAGGUGACACAGUAUUGUUGCUUCAAAAUGACAGUUCUGAGAAGCUAGAGUUCAUAAGAAUAUACACUAUGAUGGUAACUAAAUUAAUAUGUAAGAAUUUCAAGUUGAAGUAAUGUCAAUUUUUUUUAGUCACAGACCUGCAUGUUAUGGUAGGUAAAGUACUGUACUGUAUGCUAUUCCGAGUCUUCAUUGCUCACAAUAGAGUUCAAUUGCUACUAUACUAUACCCCUAGUCAUAAGUCUAUCGAAUAAUUAGGAUGACUCAAAACUUUCAGUUAGCUUGAAUUAGAACAACAUAUUUUUUCCCUAACUGUACUGUACCAGUAAUUCCUGUGUAAAUCCAUUUUCAUGUUUCAUAGAUAAUAAAAUUGUUGAGAAAC